ACUCCACAUGUGUAUAAGGAAUAAAAUCAGGUAAAUAAGGUGGUGUAAUUUACACUGAUGGACACUGAACCGACAGCGAACAAAAGAAUCUAAUAUGACAUAGACAGUAUUCAACAAACGAACAAAAAUAUUUCUAAAUUUCUUCUCCAUUCAUAAAUGGACACGACACAUUUUUGAGAUUUUUACGUGAGUAGUACAACAAGGGAAUUAAAUUUGUUGAACAGUAAUGAUAUAAAUAUAAAUAAUUAAAACUGUUUCCUAAUAAAACAUAAAAAUGUCUGAUUUGGGCGAAUGGUUUAGAAGUGUCCCCCAAUUUACUCGUUACUGGUUUGCUGGUUCAAUAAUAUUUACACUUUUGGGACGAUUUGGUUUUAUAAGUCCAUACAAUUUAAUUCUACUCUACGAGCCCCUAAAAAGGUUCCAAGUAUGGAGGCUCCUGACUAGCGUUUUGUAUUAUCCUAUUCAACAAGCAGGAUUUCAUUAUCUCAUUAAUCUUUAUUUUCUUUACAACUAUUCACGAAGAUUGGAAGAAGGUGUAUAUGCAGGAAAACCAGCUGAUUAUUUGUUUUUAUUAAUUUUCAAUUGGAUAUGUUGUAUAAUUCUUGGAUUGGCUGCUGAAUUGCCAAUCCUAAUGGAUCCCAUGAUCCUCUCGGUACUCUACGUGUGGUGCCAAUUAAACAAAAACACCAUUGUAUCAUUCUGGUUUGGUACGCGUUUUAAGGCGCUCUACUUACCUUGGGUACUUCUUGCUUUCAACUUGGUUCUCAGCGGAGGUGGAAUUAUGGAACUGUUCGGCAUAUUAAUAGGCCAUCUUUAUUUCUUCUUAAUGUUUAAAUAUCCUCAAGAGCUCGAUGGCCCUGCCCUACUCCAAACUCCUUCUUUUUUGAAGGCUUUCUUUCCAGAUCAAAUAGGAGGGGUGCAUGGUUUCGGUACGGCGCCUCAAAGGGCGGCGACAGCUGCAGCGCCAGGGGGUGGUACUCAGAGAGGAGGUUUUUUUGGAGGACAUAAUUGGGGAAGGGGAUAUACAUUAGGAGGAAAUUAACACCUGUUUAUAUAUAGAUAUACUGAAUUAUGUAAUUAACUACUAUUAAUUUUUUAUGUAUUAAUUUAUAUAAAUAAAUAUUUGUGUGAUA